AUGCGCAAAAGCAUCUCUACUCAAGCUAGACAUAGUAACGCUCCUCGUACUACUAUUUAUUAUCAGCAUCAAGGUCGACCCUCAAAGAAGGCCACAGCUAAGAGACAGCAAUACCUAAGUCCCGCCAAGGAGAAAGCCCUUAUUAAUUUCCUGCUACAAAUGAGUGCCAGUGGAUCCCUAAUCCGUAUUAAGUACAUACCCUCCCUCGCCUUCUACAUCGCCCGCCAACGAAUAAUCAAGAGGGAGCUCCGUAGACCAGAUAUCCUGCUAGAGAACGUCUACAAUAUAGAUAAGACAAGAGUCACGCUGAGCAUGCUUGGCACUAUUAAAGUCCUUAUAGGUAAGGAUAACCAACGAGACUAUAAAGGUGCGGGCGUUAAGCGGAUAAUAGUAACCGCUAUCGAAUACGUAUCAGCAAGUAUAUUCGAUCCCCAAACUAAGGCUCGAGCGAAUUAUAAACCGCGCCUACUAAUCUAUACUAGCUUCAGUACGUAUAAAACUCUAGAAGUUCUUAAGUUCUAUUUUAAAACCAAUAUUACCCUAUACAGACUGCCCUCUUAUACCUCUCACAAGCUACAGCCAUAUAAUACAUCAGUGUUCGGCCCACUAAAGACUACAUAUCGAGAUCAGGUCGAGCGACUUUACCGUGGAGGCCUAACAAAUAUUAACAAAGAGCACUUCACUACUAUAUAUAGCCUAGCGAGAGAAAGUGCGAUAACUAAGAAGAACAUACUUGCAGGCUGGGCGAAGACUAGACUAUUUCCGUUCAAUCCAGAAAGGGUUCUUCGUGAUCUUACAAAGCUAGACGCUCCCCUGGCUGUUGAAAACAAUUGUGGAGAUACUAUGCAGGGUGAAACAACCCAGACGCCAGUAACGCCCGUCUCUACAGAGGCCCUGAUAGGUUUGCUAGAUCAGAUCAAGCAUAGCUCUUAUAAUGGUGACGAGCGAGGCAAAGCUCGUCACGAGAGACUCGUUCAAAAGCUUGCCAAUACUGCCCAACGAUCGUUUGCCCAACAAGCACUAGACCAGAAUUAUAUUAGAAUCCUCAAAGAUGCGAACAACGAAGCCAAGACUCGCCGUAAGACAAAGUCUGAAAUCCUUCAGAAAGUCGAAAAGGAUAGAAAGGGGAGGGUAGUGAGCUAUAAUUAUCUUGAGACAGUUCGGGCAGAUCGUGCGAGGAAGAAAGUGGCUCAAGAGGCCAAAGAAGCCCAAGGCAAAGGGAAACGCAGUCGACAAAAAGCAGCUACAGAGGCCGAUGAAGCAGGUGUCUCACGAUUAACAAUUAGCGGCCUGCAACGUACACUUGCGCUAUACCAAAACGGCUCAACUUGUGGCACGAAGCUCGAGAGGCUUCGUCCGGCCGUCACUUCGACGCACGGUUGUGUUACAAGUAACAAGAAGGAUUAUCUCCUUGACAAGUGA